AUGAUACAAUUACAAACAUUUCUAACUGAAACCGAAGCUGUACUCAAUUCGAGACCGUUAGUAUACAUCGGAGAAGAAUUAAACGAUGGGACAACAAUUACACCUGCACACUUCUUAUCGCCCAACACGAAAACAGGAACUCCUCAGUUAGGAACAGAAGAGGAGAUCGUAGAUCCUGACUACCAAGAAAAUAUUACAUCGAAAGAUAUACUUUUGAAAACAUGGAAGAAAGGACAGAACAUUCUUGAAUCCUUCUGGAAAACAUGGAGAAACGACUAUUUAUUGAACUUACGAGAAAGAUCACAGAUCAACCUGAAGGCUCGACGAAUCAAAUCAUACGACGAACCAAACGUUGGAAGUGUAGUACAGAUCAAAAAAGAUUUACCAAGAGGAUCAUGGAAGAUUGCAAAGAUCACAGAGCUGAUUCCGAAUAGUGACGGAAAGAUCAGAGCCGCAAGAAUAUUAUUACCGAAUAAAAACAUUAUCACUCAACCUUCAAACUUACUGUACCCCCUCGAAUGCAACAACGAAGAGACAGAAACGAAAAACGAAACAGUCGAGACAUCUAAUGAAACGAACAAUAAGAAUCUAGAAGAAAUCAAUACAUUUAAACGUACCCCAAGAAUAGCAGCAAUACAGAUUCACGAAUAUUUAACAAGACGUGUGACUUUUUCACGCAAUAAUUUUCUCGAACAAUCGAACAUAGUUCUUUCUUUUGUUAUGAUAUAUUCUCAACGUACAAAUUUGUCGGUGAUUGUGUCCCUUAAGGUUCUGUGCUUGGUCCUCUUUUAUGAUUAUGAGAUAACAAAACAGCAAGCUGUAGUGAUUCGACUUGUCUAA